AUGAUGAAUCCAAGAGAUGGUUACGAUGGUUACCGAUCUGGUGGAUAUAAUCCCAUCAGCGGCUGCCAACCUGUACGCAUCACCUCCCAAAACCUUCAAUCCACUUUUCAGCCAAAAACAGAAUGGAAGGACGAAGAUGCAGCUCUAGUUUUACUUCUCCAUCUUCCUUGUUUCUUGAAAGAGCAAGUAAGGAUCAUGGCAGACGAAUCGUUACGUUAUGUCAGAGUUUAUGGAGAACGUCUGCUGACAAGUAAAAUACGCAGACGGUUUGAUACAGGUUACAACAUUCCCAAAAAUUGUGACCUGAUGAGUCGAAUGAAAUCGGAGAUUGCUGGUGGGAUUCUAACCAUCAGGAUUCCGAAAAACAUUCUUGGUCUGGGAGAAUUAGAGGCCACAACUAGCCAAGAGAGUCCGAGGGCUCAAGACACUACUACUACGGGACAGCAAAAACCUGAGAAGAAAGUAGAAAAAGAGGCUCCUUCAGGGAGAACCUCAACCAGCUUUGUUCAAAAAGAAACAGAAGGCAAAGAUGUAUCUCAGAAGGACCAAGAUGAAUCUCCUCAAAAAUCUAACGUAUUGAGUAAUACUACAAAACAACUAGAUGAGAAGACUGCAGGGCUAGAUGGUGAAAAAGUCGAUCAAAAUGUCAUCGCAAAGAAAGAAAAUAAUGAAGCAUAUGGAAAGCCUAUUGAAGAGGAAAAGCCUGAGAAAGUUGUUGAAAAGGAAGAAGAAAAGAAUGAGAAAAUUGAGGAAUCAAAGAUAGCUGAAAGUGUUGUCCUAAAGAAGAAGGAAGAGGAGGAAAAGAAUGAGGGAGGAGCUGGCGGUGACAAAGACAAGUCUAACAAGGAUGUUUCCCAGGAAUCUACGGAUAUGGAACAUGCAAGUGCUUCUGCUAACAAGUCUGACAAAGAUGUGGGCAUGGUCGAUGACAAGUACGGAUCGGUAAUAAAUAUUUACGUUGGAGUGUCACUGAUUCUGGCACUCGGUGCACAUUUCCAUAGCAUCUUUAGAUCAUCUAGGAAUAAACCGUAA